GACUUGCUCCCCCGCCCGCUGGGCCCCGCCGCCCUCGCAGACCCUCGCUUUCCGUGUGCCUGCCUGCCUGCCUGCCGGGGCUGCGGUUCUGUUUCCCUUUCAGAGUGAGCCGGGGAGGGGGCAGGCUUUGGCAGGUGCUUUAAUUAGCUUGCCAGGAGGUGUCACCGGGCCGUGGAGGGUGCCAGGUUUUACAAAAGAGACGAACUAUUCUACUUCUAGAUUUUUUUCCAGUUUUUUCCUAUAAGUCAAAACAUCUCAAAAUGGAGGCCUAAAACUCUUAAAAGGGACUUAGUCUAAUCUCCGGGAGGUAGUUUUGUGCAUGAAUAAACAAAGUCGUUAACUGGAGUUUUUGGUGUCCAAAGAAUCUUAAUUGUACAAAUAGUAUAACUAUAAAGUAAUAAUAAGUUUGAUACUGAAUUUGACUUGUGGAUGUAAAGGAGUGACUGUAGCUGGGACAUACUGUUGAAGUUGUCCAGGCAGCUCUCUCACUGGCAGCUGUGUAGAACAGAAAAAAAGAACCUGUGUUUGGUAAAGGUUUAAAAAUGAGUGACAGUUAUCUGGAGCAAAGAGUCAGUGUUCAGCCCUCUGCUAAAUUAGAGAAACGUGCAUAUAGAACCUUUGACAUGUUAAAGGAUUCCUGCAAGGAUAAAGAAAUGUCAGGAAGAGAACUUUUUGACAGGUGCAACAAAUCUAGAGAAAAUAGGAAAAAUAACCGUGAUGAUUGGUAAGGAAAUUAACCAUUUAUAAGACUACUGAUAUUUUAAAAGCCAAAAAUCUUGUUUGUUCAAAUGGGCUAUUAUUACCUCUGGAAUGAUUAGAAUGAGAAUGAUGGCUGGAUGGUUACAUUUUGGUAAAGGAGCAAACUUAAUUCAGAAAAAGAAAAAUCACACAGCAACAGUAAAACAAAACAAAACAAAACAAAACAAAACAAAACAAAAACACCAAGAAUGUGUUUAUAACCAUGCGUAAAAUUUUUGACUAAGGAAAAGAACUGAGGUUAGACACAAUUAACUCACCUUGGAGGGAAUUAAUCAGUGGUACUGAGAUAUGUUUCUCCUGCUAUCUGGAAAUAGGGCAUUCAAGUCUGCAUCAGGAAGCCCCAGCAUUUGUGGGACCCAGGAAUCAUGCUUGCAAAUCACUUCUAGAAAAACCAUGAGCUGUUUAUUGGACAUUGUUGAUUUUGGUGCAUAUCCUACUUACUAAGAGCUAGUUAUCACUGAGAAAUUCUGAAUUUUGAGGUUUCUGCUGUUCAAAAGAAGUGGAUUGUGACAAAGUAAAUUUAUUAUUUUUUGUCAUGAUAAAUUCUGAUUCAAGGUAUGCUGUGAAAUAAUUGGACCAAAGCCAAUUUUUUUUGGUACUUUUUUUUUUUUUGAUUAUCCAUCUUCGCUUGCAGACUCAGCAUUAUGACUUUUAGCUGUUUUAAAAAAUAAAUCCACUAGCGGGAGAUUUGAUGUUGGCUCUCAACAGCUGAUCCAAAAAGACCAAGUGAGCAAGUACAUUCAUCUCUGAUAAUUUAUUUGAAAUAGAAUGUUUAAUUUGUUAAGAUCUAAUGAUACCGCUAUGACUAAGCAAGCAGGUACCUGACCAUCUAUUGGGAAGUAAUCAUUAUUUAAUAAAUCUUGAAACCAAGUCUUGAGAUGUAUCAGCCAAACUCUUACUAUUUAAGCUCUUUAUUUGGAAGAAAAUUUUAGAUUGUUUUGUUCUUAUUAAAAUGAUUGUAGGAAGAAAAAUUACUUAAUUUGAGCAAGAUUUAGCGUAUACUGUAUUUCAUUAACUAAGAUGUCAUUUGUAAAACGCACCAUUAUUUUAUCUACCUCUAAGAAAUAAAAAUGCUAUUAAAAUGAUAUACCGUUAAUUAUAAGAUUCCUCUCUGUAACAGAGAUAUUAAAACGUGCAUCUUAGAAUCAGUGAAACAUGGUCUGAGGUGGGUCUUAUGCCUCUUUUUUUUUUUUUUCUGGCUGCCAAAUUUCACAGUUUAAAAAAAAAGCAAAUAGGAAUGAUUUGAAUAUUUUGUGCAUCUAGAACACUUACACAGCAUAGCUUUCUGCUGUGUGAGGCAUUUUUUCUUCAGGCUGGCCAAGUGUCACUGAAGCAUACUAGUGGAGAGGGUGACCCACCUGUGGAGAUGCCUGACACUAAGUGGCGUCUUGAUGACCUAAAGCACUAUUCAUGUUUACAUUGUAUGUAUAAAGAGUAUACAAAGGUGUAGAUUGUACAUAAUUGUCCCUUACAAUGUGUCAGUAUGGAAUUUACAAUCUUGCUGUGAUGAAAUCCUAAAUGCAUAGAAGAAAAAGAAUGACAGAUUUCCUGUUCUAAGUGAAGAUAAUGAAAUUAAUAAAAAAAAAAACAAAAGCCAUGCACAAAACUACCUCCCCAGAGAAAGGCUAGUCCCUUUUCCCCCAUAUCCGUUUUAUUAUGAACAUAGUGGAAAACAGCAUGUUUUUAUCAAAUUUGAUGAAAAGUGCCAACACAUUUGAAUUGAAAUACGACUUUUCAUGUGAGCUGUACCGAAUGUCUACAUAUUCGGCUUUUCCUGCUGGUGUGCCUGUCUCAGAAAGGAGUCUUGCUCGUGCGGGUUUUUAUUACACCGGUGUGAAUGACAAGGUCAAAUGUUUCUGUUGUGGCCUGAUGCUGGAUAACUGGAAACAAGGAGACAAUCCGAUCGAGAAGCAUAAAAAGUUGUAUCCUAGCUGUAGCUUUGUCCAGAGUCUAAGUUCAGUUAACGUUUCGGGAGCCACUUCUCAGCCUCCUUUUCCUUCGUCAGUAACAAAUUCCACACAUUCAUUACUCCCAAGUUUGGAAAACAGUGGCUAUUUCAGCGGCUCUUACUCAAGCUUUCCAUCGAAUCUUGUAAACUCUGGACCAAAUCAGGAUUUCUCUGCCAUGAGGAUGAGUCCCUACCGUUGUGCAAUGAAUACUGAGAAAGCCAGAUUGCUUACUUUCCAGAUGUGGCCAUUGAGCUUUCUGUCGCCAGCAGAUCUGGCAAAAGCAGGCUUUUACUACGUAGGACCUGGAGACAGAGUGGCCUGUUUUGCCUGUGGUGGGAAACUGAGCAACUGGGAGCCGAAGGAUGAUGCCAUGUCAGAACACCUGAGGCAUUUCCCCAACUGCCCGUUUCUAGGAAAUCAGCUUCAAGACACUUCAAGAUACACUGUUUCUAAUCUGAGCAUGCAGACAUAUGCAGCCCGCUUUAAAACCUUCUGUAACUGGCCCUCUAGUGUUUCGGUUCAUCCUGAGCAGCUUGCAAGCGCAGGUUUUUAUUAUACGGGUAACAGUGAUGAUGUGAAAUGCUUUUGCUGUGAUGGUGGGCUGAGGUAUUGGGAAUCUGGAGACGACCCGUGGGUGGAACAUGCCAAGUGGUUUCCAAGGUGUGAGUACUUGAUACGGAUUAAAGGACAAGAGUUUAUCAGUAGAGUUCAAGCCAGUUACCCUCAUCUACUUGAACAGGUAGGGACCAAUUUUGUUGUUGUUAAAAUAUACAAACCAUCCCAAUGUGUGUUACAUUCUUUAUUCCGCUUAGUUAUUCAUUUUGGACCUGGAGAAAACCAUUCAGAAGAUGCAGUCAUGAUGAAUACACCCGUGGUUAAAGCUGCUUUGGAAAUGGGCUUCAGUAGACGGCUGGUAAAGCAGACAGUUCAGAGCAAAAUCCUAACAACUGGGGAGAACUACAGAACCGUUAGUGAUCUUGUGUUGGAUUUACUUAAUGCAGAAGAUGAAAUAAGGGAAGAGGAGAAAGAAAGAGCAACCGAGGAAAAAGAAUCAGGUGACCUGUCAUUAAUCCGGAAGAACAGAAUGGCACUUUUUCAGAAUUUGACUUGUGUGCUUCCAAUCCUGGACAAUCUGCUAACUGCCAGAGUGAUUAAUGAACAAGAACAUGACGUCAUUAAGCAGAAAACACAGACAUCUUUACAAGCAAGAGAACUGAUUGAUACUAUUUUGGUAAAAGGAAAUUUUGCAGCCACCAUAUUCAAAAACUCUCUACAAGAAAUUGAUCCCAUGUUAUACAAGCAUUUGUUUGUGCAACAGGACAUAAAGUAUAUUCCUACAGAAAACGUUUCAGAUUUACCAAUGGAGGAACAAUUGAGGAGACUACAAGAAGAAAGAACAUGUAAAGUGUGUAUGGACAGAGAGGUGUCCAUAGUGUUCAUUCCUUGUGGGCACCUGGUAGUGUGCAAAGACUGUGCCCCUUCUCUAAGGAAAUGUCCUAUUUGUAGAGGUACCAUCAAGGGCACGGUCCGUACAUUUCUCUCAUGAAGAUCUAAGAUUUUUGUCUGAACUUUAAAAUUAAUGGAUUAAAUGUAUUUAAUUUUAAGAUUUAUACUUAUUUGGCUUCGUCAAGAUUUUUUAUUUAUUUACAAUUCAGAAAAUUGUGUUUCUACAAAAUAUAAAGAUACAAAUAUUUUUAUAUAAAUCUAAAACAUGAACAUGCGUAUUUUAGAUAACAAGGGAAUGACAGACUUUUGUUCUUGUGAACAAAAAAUAGCAAUAGCACUACAAGCACAAUACUAAAUAGAAAUUUCAGCACUUUUGAAAUUGGAAGUGUGGUAAAAUUGCAGAUUUUUGGACUAUUUUAGAAUUUUAAAUAUUUUGGAGUUGUAUUAAGGGUCAAGAACAUGAAUUCUCUUUUUGGAUCAAUGUCAUAUACAUAGACAUAGAACAUCUUGAUAUUUGUUGAAUGACAUUUUGGGGACAUGCUAUUUUUGUAAAGAAUUCUGUGAGGAAUAUUUUAAUAAAGCAAUCAAAAUCA